AUGGGGGGACUAGAGCCUUCAAACGGGGACCAUGAGAUCAAGAGAACCGGCUCGACGUCUUCCAAUUACAGCAAUAUCAAUGCUAAUCUCCAUGCUCGCGUAAAAGCGUUCCAGGAACAAAGGCAACUGAAACGGAACGGCAGCGUGGGAUCGGGGCAUGGAAGCGUUUCCAGUCAAUCGGGGAAGACAGAAGGUGGCGGUGAGCCUCAGAACAUUGACAAGAUCGUUAACAAGCCAUUGCCGCCGCUCCCUCCAAGCAAGGAAAGCGGACAGGUGCUUAGCCCCAUUCGGAGAGCGCCAAGGCCGCCCGCGCUCUCAGCAGCAGGGCCUGGAGGCGGAGCGGCUAAACCGAGCUUGAGCGCCAGGAGAGGCCUCAAGCUGCCCGCAGGCGGGAUGUCGCUCAAAAUGAAGCCACCUGCGCCUCAAGAGUUCGCGGGGGCCCCUUCGAAUCGCAAUCCGGCUGUCGCCACCCCCGGCGUGGCGACAGCGCAGAACGGGCGCCGCAGUAAUCCCGGGUCGCUCGUCAACGGCGUACAAACAACGUCGACGUCUUCCAGGCAGCAGAGGGACACUGAAGGAACCACGCCAUCUCAGCAGCAGCUCCAGCAACAGCAAAGUCGCAGUGGUUCCAACGGUUUAUUCACAAAUUUCUCGAAAUAUGUCGACAUCAAGUCGGGAUCCCUGAAUUUCGCGGGAAAGCUGUCAUUGAGCUCGCAGGGCGUUGAUUUCAGCAAUGGAUCUAGUUUCCGGAUUACGCUGGACGAGCUAGAGUUCCUCGAGGAACUGGGCCACGGGAACUACGGGAAUGUCUCCAAGGUCCUUCAUAAACCCACAAAUGUGAUCAUGGCAAUGAAGGAGGUGCGGCUCGAGCUGGAUGAGUCCAAGUUUACGCAAAUUCUUAUGGAGCUGGAAGUACUACACAAGUGCCAGUCGCCGUUCAUCGUGGAUUUUUACGGUGCCUUCUUCAUCGAAGGUGCUGUGUACAUGUGCAUGGAGUACAUGGAUGGUGGAUCAUUGGAUAAAAGUUACGACAGCGAAUACCUUGGAGGUAUUGACGAGCCCCAGCUAGCCCACAUCACCUACGCUAUCAUCCAAGGGCUCAAGGAGCUCAAAGACGUGCAUAACAUCAUACACCGGGACGUCAAGCCAACUAACGUGCUGUGUUCCGCAGCGCAGGGAACCGUGAAACUCUGUGACUUUGGUGUUUCAGGUAACCUUGUUGCAUCCCUGGCCAAAACUAACAUAGGGUGCCAGUCAUACAUGGCUCCUGAACGAAUUAAGUCCCUGAACCCAGAUAAAGCUACUUACACCGUUCAGUCUGACAUUUGGUCUUUGGGGCUCAGCAUUCUGGAAAUGGCGAUCGGCUCAUACCCCUACCCAGUAGAGACUUUUGACAACAUAUUCUCACAGCUGAGCGCGAUAGUCGAUUCACCACCUCCCAAACUGCCACAAGAUCGUUUUAGCCCCGUAGCGCAAGAUUUCGUUAAUAUGUGCUUGCAGAAAGUUCCCGAAAGAAGACGAAAUUACGCUGCGCUCCUAGAACACCCUUGGCUAAAAAGAUACAGUAACAUCGAGGUAAACAUGAGCGAGUAUAUAACCAACCGUCUGGAGAAGAAGCGCCUGAUCACAGAAGAGAAGGGCUCUGAACCUGUGAAGAACAUCCCUGCUCUUCAUAAAGGUGGACUUUAA